GGGAGGCCAGUGGAUGGAUGGGUGCUGGUGGCGGUGGUGGUAGUGGUGGUGUUGGUAGUGGUGGUGGUCUUUUCUUUGAGCGCAGUUUUCAGUUCACCUCGAAAGCGCAAGAUGACCCUGGAUGACUACCCAAUGGAGCAUGGGGUCGCGGAAGCUCGGCAGCGUUCGCGCGAAGUUCGACUGCAAAGGUCAAAAGUCGCGGACUGGAUGACGUCUGUCCGCGAGGAGAGCGAGAGUCUGCGAGACUACGGACGGUGCCGCUUCCAGACAGCAGUAGAGAGCUCCCCUGUCCAGGAUAGGAGGGGGCCUGGCCCACUCAGUGACGAUACACGUCGCCGGCGGCCCGUGACGGUCAGCGGGUAUCCCUCGUGCCCCGUGACGUCACGCCCUCCGACCAACGGGCCCACCCGGGACGGAAGCGUGCUGUACCGCACCACACCCCUGGUCCUCAGCUCUAUCCGCACUCGACCUCGUUCCGAAUCCGUCAGCAGGUUCAACCACCUGCGCGGUACCACGGAAAUUCAUCCGUCCAUCCAGCAGGCGCUGAUGCAAAGUAACUGCGAGUAUCGCCUUGUGACGUCAUCGACCUCCGUGGACAGAGACGCCGGGGGUCAACAGCCAAGGGCUCGGCAGGGCACUGGCUUCAUCAAGUUCGUCCCGAUGGUUACACGGGAGGACGUCACGCCGACGCAGGAAGAGCGAGAAGAAACACCACCACCAGCACCACUCCCACCACUACUUGACGAGCCAGAAAAGGUCAAAAAAACACGCGAGGAGGGGAUGUCGGAGAUGGGGUCAUACAUCGACAACAAGGACGAUAUGGGAACACAAGAGGCAACGUCAGAAGGAAGAAUAUCCGACAAUGUGUCGGUCGACGAAAAUCUGGAAGACAAGACCAAGUCUUCGGCAGACAGAACCGUACCUGGGAAGGUCACUCGGUCAGGGAAGGUUCAAGAAAAGGUGUCUACGAUGCAGCUUCGUGGCUCGGCAAAGAAAAAGUCACCGAAACAGACCGUUCCUGCGGUGGUUCAAAGCCCCGAGCAAGUUCGCCCCCCAAAAGUGACAUCAGCAAACCAGAAAAAACGAGCUUCACCUAAGCUUCCACCACCAGAAGUCAAAUCCCAACCUAUACCGCCCUCCUCACCGUCCAGUUCCAAAUCCGCAGGCAGCCUUAGCAUCUCCACCACCUCCAUCAUCCACCAUCCGCGCUGUUGGGUGGAUGAAGUCAGCAUCUCCAGCGACGAGCCUGAAGUUGAGAUGCCACUUCUAGACAUCUCCGAGACCGUGGCACCCGGUGGUCUGCAAAGCUUCCCCACCAAUACUUCCAGGGUUGGGAGCAAAGCACUUUCUCUUUUGCCGCCAGCUAAACAGAAAAGCUCCAUCUUUCAGAAGGUCGAGGAUUCUCAGCGGCCUACUGUCCCCAACGUAGACACUCGCGUUGAAGAACAGGAAAGCGAGAAACCUCCGCCUCCUCCUCAAGUCAUGGAGGGGGAGGAAAAGGAGGAGGAGGAGAAGGAGGUGGUGCUAACAUUCCCGCAGUUCCUCUGCCCCAGCUCUGAGAGGAGGUCUCGGCAAGUCGCCACUAAAGAAUGGCUGGCCAAGUCGCCCUUCUCUGCUGCUAUCAAAACGGUUCCGUUGAUGUGAUCACUCGCUGGCCUCAUACAUGCACGCACGCAUGUGCACACACACACACACACACACACACACACGCACACACACACACAUAACACGCACGCACACAAAAUAUCGGAGCACACAGAAACGCUAGAACUCUCACACGGACACACACGCACCGACUCUUAUCAAUGAAGUGCACACACUACACGCUUCUACAUACGUACUGGCACACAAAGUUAUCACCAAACAUGCACGUGCAGGUAAACACAUUUGGGACAGACCUAAUGUAUUUGCAGGCGCACUAAGACCCGGUCCAACAAAGACACAGGUACCGAAAGACAUUAGUUGGAUAUUCUAAACAUAAACAUUUAAACUGUUCAGAGUGGGAGAGUUAGAAAUUCUAGCUGCGGAGAAUAUUUAUCAGUGGUUUCCUGUGUUUGUGAAUCUGUUUCUUAGAAAAAAAAUAAAAACAUUUUUACUGUCCCGUUGCAA